GAAGAAAUGUUAUCGAUUGUUGUUUUCUAUCUUGGAUAUGUUCGUGUUUGAAUCAUUUUAAGUAUGCAGUGUUGCUUGCUUGACAGUUAAUAGGUGCUAAUAAGUUCUAGCUAUUAUUACAUUUAUUCUGGUAUAUAAUUUCUGUUUAAUCCACAUAGAACAUCAUACCUUAGAAGCGUAAUUCCGUACACUUUUUGUCUUUUGCGUAUAAUAAGUAAUUGUCUAAAAUGUCAGAUGACGAAGAUUUGGUUUAUGUUAAGAAGCAAAAGACUGUUCAUUAUGGAUCCCUCGAAGAAGCUGAGCGUGCUAGAUUGGUUGCUGUGGCUGAAUCUGCCGAGGAAGAAAAGACUACCACAAAUUUGGGAGAUAAUGCCAGUGCUACAGCUACUUUGGGAAACAUUCAUAUAUCAAAUGAAUAUAUGGAACUUGAAGAUGAGAUGUCUAAAGAUAGACAAGCUCUCUUAGAAGAAUUUGAACGUAGAAAGAAAGCUCGUCAAAUCAACGUGUCUACUGAUGAUUCCGAAGUAAAGAAAAAUUUGAGACAAUUGGAUGAGCCUAUUUGUCUCUUUGGUGAAGGACCUGCAGAUAGGAGAACAAGACUGAGGGAAUUAUUGGCUAAUUUGGGUGAAGAUGCAAUUAAAAAGAAACACGAAGAGGAGGAGAAACCAUCCCAUCCAAUUGAGAGAGACACAGAAACAACAUGGUAUCACGAAGGGCCAGACUCACUUCAAAUAGCACGUUCUUGGAUUGCUACGUAUUCAUUGCCCAGAGCAAAGGCGAGAUUGGGUAAGGCAAGGCAGGAUUUGGAGUUGCCAACAGCUACGCGUACAGCACGCCGUCAAGAGCUUCUGAAAAAGUUACAAGCUUUGACAAUUUACUGUUCUCAAAUUGGAGAUACGAGGCCAAUUUCUUUCUGUCAGUUCAGUCCAAAUUCCAAAUUGCUCGCUACAGCUUCAUGGUCAGGCUUGUGUAAAAUAUGGUCUGUACCUGACUGUACUUUGUUAAGAACACUUAAGGGACACACUUGUAAUGUUGGCUGCAUUGUUUUUCAUCCAAAAGCUACUAUUACUGAAGAGGUGGUAGGAGAAAAAUCUGGACAGACUUGUGUGUUAGCAUCUUGCGCUUCGGAUGGAACAGUAAAGUUGUGGAGUGGUGGAUCUGGGGAGGAACCCUUAGCUGAAGUCGAAGGUCAUGAACCGCACAGAGUUUCAAGGCUAGCAUUUCAUCCGUCUGGUAGAUUUCUUGGGACAUGUUGCUAUGAUGCAUCUUGGAGACUUUGGGACUUGGAACAGCAAGCAGAAGUCUUACAUCAAGAAGGUCAUGCCAGAGCUGUGCAUUGUAUUAGUUUUCAGGGUGACGGUAGUGUAAGCGCCACAGGAGGUCAUGACUCUUUCGGUCGAGUGUGGGACCUUCGCACAGGACGGUGCAUUAUGUUUAUGGAAGGCCAUUUGAAAUCUAUCUUUGGUAUCGAUUUCUCCCCGAAUGGAUUUCACAUAGCAACAGCAAGCGAAGAUAAUACUUCUAAGAUAUGGGAUUUACGAAAGAGAUCCUGCGUGUAUACGAUACCUGCGCACACAAAUUUGCUAUCAGACGUGAAAUACCAAAGGAUAGAAGGACAAUACCUAGUCACAGCAUCGUACGACAAUACUGCGAAAAUAUGGUCAAAUAAAACCUGGCAACCACUUAAAACGUUACCAGGUCACGAUGGUAAAGUUAUGUCCGUCGAUAUUUCUUCCGAUCAUAAAUUCAUCGGAACUAGUUCGUACGAUCGAACGUUCAAAUUGUGGGCUCCAGAAAACAUGUAAAAAGACUUGAUGGAAUAAAGAAUAAUUUAGAAACGAAUUAAGGAAGACUACUUUAUCGCCGCAUACAGGAAGACUUCAUUUUUGUACUAUAAGAGAAGUAAUAAACAUAUAUUUUUAUUAUUUGUUCCUCAAGUAGUAUCAUAUUAUAAUCACAUUUAGAAAGUAUUAUUAUAGUGGUCAUCUAAAUCAGUCUAAAUCUAAAGUGUAAUCUUACAAAAUAUUUACUGCUGACAACAGAAUGCAAAUUUAUAGGUUCUUCAACUACUCGUAAAGUUAUUCUUGUAAUUAUUUAAAUUGGACUUUGUACUUAGUUUGAUGUGCGAUUGUAGUUUUACGUCAUUGUCGAUAAACAUAAUCAUACGCAAUUACUGAAAGAUAUUUCUCCUUAUUUAUGUCGAACGUUAUAUUCGAGAACGAUUUUGUUUUACAUGUUUUUAUCGAUUGAAAUGUUUAAAUUUCGGAAGUUGAAGAAUUCUUAAUUGGUGUCUUACGAUUAUUAAUGGUUGAGGUAACUUAAAACGAAUAAAUGCAAGUUUACCAGUUGAUGGUCGGUCGAGGAGUUUCGAAUAUAACCGGACGACUUCACUUUCACAAACACCGAAGUAACUGAGGACAAGAGGGUCUCUCUUGAGAUAUUACUUUAUUUAAUAAGUUUCACGAUAACUUUCCAGAGUAAUCAAGUGGAUGUUUCUUUUCCGAUAAGAAUUGAUUUUGUAUUUCCUUUUUUGUACCUUUUAAUUCUCUCAUAACCAGAAGGAAGAGUUACGAGGUAAUAAAAUGUAAAAUAUAAGUACAAAUUGAUCGAUGAUAUUAGUUAUAUAUGAUACAUUGCUUUUAUUUGUCUCCAGGUAUUUAAUAUUCUUUGGUUCGUCGAGAAAAAGGACGAAAGCUAUAUUGUGACGGAUAGUAAUAUAUUUUGUUACGGCAACAACUUUUGCGAAUGAUACUUGCUCCAAGACGAAACUAGACAUUCAUCUAAUAAAAGCAGUACUUUAUAACAACUAUUCUAUGAAGAUUGCCGUAUUUUUAUUUAUUUUAAUUAUUUUGACAGCGUUGUAAUUAUGUUAAAAUAACAAUGAUCUAACAAUAAUGAUGCUUUUAUCAAAUAGGAAGAUCUUCGUGGAAGACAGAUGCCAUUAUGACUUGUGGAACUUUCUACGUUUCCACUUCGUUAAAUUUUUAACUAUCUGUGAACAUUUAGCGACGAGUGAUUGAAGAGAGGAGAAAAAGAUGUUAGUUGGUCGCAAUUUAAAUUGUUUUGUGAAUAAAAAUAUGCCGGUUUUCUGA